AUGGUCUGGGGUCGCUUAUCAAAAUUGGCAAAGAAAAUGUGGUCACCCAUGAUAGCUGAACAAGUUCUAAUCCGCAUCGCAACGAAUCUAGGGCCGAUAUUUGGUCUGACCUUUGGUGGCAAAAGGGAAGUCUACAUCACGAACCAGAAGCUACUGGCGGAGCUUUGCGACGAGAAACGUUUCUGUAAACUAGUCAGUGGCGGACUCGAGAAGUUGAGGCCUGCUAUUGGUGAUGGGCUUUUCACAGCUCACGACGGGAAUCACGACUGGGGCUUGGCUCAUCGAGUUCUCAUGCCGGUCUUCGGGACCCUCAAGAUAAGAGAGAUGUUUGACGACAUGGUGGAUAUCUCCCAGCAGCUGUGCUUGAAGUGGGCUGACAACUUCGACAGGGCGCGUCUGGGUCCCUCAGUCCCGCUAGACGUGUCUAAAGAUUUUACACGCCUCACCGUGGAUACCAUCGCCCUCUGCGCCAUGGAUUAUCGGAUUAAUAGCUUCUAUCUCAACGAUAAACUGCAUCGUUUCGUCGAGACCAUGUUUGAGGUUCUCGCGGAAGCUGACAUUCAAGGGGUUCUUCCCAGCGUCGCGAACAAGCUCCGAGUCACGUCUUCAGCGAGGUUCAAGAAGAAUAUACAGACAAUGGCAGAUAUAUGCCACGAGAUCAUCGAACAACGCCGGAAGAACCCGGUCGAUAGCCACGACUUGUUGAACACCAUGCUACAGGGUCGAGACCCCCAAACAGGGGAAGCGCUGAGCGAACGGAUUAUUAUCCACAAUAUGAUCACGUUCCUGAUGGCUGGACAUGAAACUACAUCUGGACUAUUAUCCUUCACAUUCUACUAUCUGCUGGAGAACAAAACGGCCCUAGAAAAAGCCCGCGAGGAGGUUGAUUCUGUGGUUGGCCAGGACGCUCUCUCUAUCGAGCAUCUAGGCAGGCUCCCCUAUAUUGAUGCAGUCCUGAAGGAAUCACUACGCCUCAUGCCAACCGCUCCAGGAUUCUUCUUGAAAUCUCGCAAGGACGAGAUAAUCGGUGGUGCGUAUGAGAUCAAGCCAGAAGAUCCCAUAUUUGUCUUAUUGCACCUAAUUCAUAGAGAUCCGGCCGUUUGGGGUGACGACUCUGAAGAGUUCAGACCCGAGAGAAUGCUCAAAGAGAAUUUGGACAAGAUUCCGCAGCAUUCGUGGAAGCCCUUUGGAAAUGGUACCCGAGCAUGCAUAGGGAGAGCCUUUGCGAUGCAAGAAGCCCAGCUUGUCUGUGCCAUGUUGAUACAGAAUUUCGACUUGGAAAAGGUGGACCCAAACUACAAGCUCCAGUAUAAGCAGACUUUGACUAUUAAACCCGUCGGUUUCGAGAUGCGCGUACGUUUGCGUGAUGGAAGGCGGGCGUUACAAAAUAUGCGGUCUGCCAAACCGCAGGCACCCUCCCUCCUCGAACCAUCUCUGAAGCAAACAAGUCUGGCCGCUCCACUAAUACGAAUAUAUUACGGGUCAAACUCUGGGACGUGUGAGGCCCUAGCUCACCGAAUUGCAUUCGAGGCCGCCAAGAGAGGGUUCCGGCCAGACAACGUGAGCGCGAUCAACGCGAUCAAGGAUGGCGUGCCCAGAGAUUCACCUAUCGUGUUCGUCGCUGCAUCAUAUGAUGGGGAGCCAUCUGAGAACGCCGCGGAGUUCGUAUCCUGGCUACAGGGCGUAGACGAUGGAGGGCUAGCUGGUGUCAAGUACGCCAUUUUUGGCUGCGGGCAUCGAGACUGGCAGGCAACAUUGCACAAGGUACCCAAGACGAUUGAUCAUGAGAUGCAGCGGACCGGGGCAGAAAGACUAGUACCCUUAGGGACCGUCGACACUGGGUCCGAGGAUAUCUACUCUGCCCUGGAAGGCUGGCUAUCAGAAGGGCUUUGGCAAGAACUGGAGGCUCGAUACCAGCCGCAACAGGACGGUAAGAGCACAGGUCUGGAAGUGACAGUCUCUGUUGAUCAACCCCCACGCUUGGCUAUGUUGCCAGGAUUUAUUCAGGCCACCGUCACCGAGAUCUCGGCCUUGUCCCGCUCAGGUGUGCCCAGAAAGCGACACCUCGAAAUCAGAUUUCCGCCCGGGGCGACAUACGAAGCUGGGGAUCACUUACAAGUCCUGCCUACCAACAGUCUCACGGACGUGCGACGCGUCCUCUCGAGGUUCGCCCUUGGUAGAGAUACAAUGUUGACAAUAGAGUCGACACGGCCACUCGGCUUACCUAUCAACGUACCGGUGACAGCAUUCGAUCUGUUCUCGGGCUACGUUGAGCUCUUCUCGACAGCGACUCCCAAAGCUGUGCAGAUGCUGAUGGAUGCAGCUGACGAUGAGUCUACCAAGGCGGAGCUGGAGCUCCUCGCACGAGCGUCAUAUAAGAGCGAGGUUCGAGACAAGCGCUUGUCUGUCCUGGACCUUCUCGAGCGGUUUCCGGCCAUCGACCUGACCAUCUCGACUUUCCUCCCCAUGCUGCCGCAAAUGCGACCACGCACCUACUCUCUAUCCUCAUCCGCGCAAUGGAGACCUGGGCAUGGGACCCUGACCUACUCAGUCGUCGAAUCAACUGGAGCCAGAGAAAAAGGCACGCCAAACAUCCCUCCCGGUGUGGCAUCGACCUACUUGGCCUCCCUUGGGCCCGGUGAUACGAUCUGCGUUGCGCUGCAGCCAUCGAAAAGGGGGUUUUCACUGCCCUUGGACCCCACGCUCCCAAUCAUCAUGAUCUGUGCAGGGUCAGGACUCGCACCUUUUAGGGGUCUGGUGCAGGAUCGCGUAUGCUCGCUGCAAGCCAGCGCCCAGCCACACGCCCCCGCGCUGCUGUUCUACGGCUGUCGUGGACGUAUACUUGACGAUAUGUAUCGAUCCGAAAUGGAAGAGUACGAGGCCGCUGGCGCGGUGCGAGUUUUUCGGGCGUACAGCCGUGAACCCGGUGCCAAGCAUAGGUAUGUUCAGGACUUGGUCUCUGGGUACAGGAAAGAGAUCUGCCAACUCUGGAGAAGAGGCGGAGUGAUUCGAGUUUGCGGUGGCAAGAAGAUAUCCGAUGCCGUCUUUGAAGCUCUCGGGCCGAUCUUGUUCUCCGCAGAUAAAACGGCUGGAAACACAGUUGCAUCGGAUGUGACGGAGUGGAAGUCGGAGAUUGGUAUGGGACGAUAUGUUACGGAGGUUUUCAACUAA